AAAAUAAAAUCCGAGUCCGCUUAAUAAUCACAUUUCCUUGUGAUAUGUGCUCAUUGUUUAUGUGAUGUGAGUUCAUUCAUGUUGAAUGUUUGAUGCUACCAAUGCAAUGUAAUUGCAAUUGCAGAAACCCUAGAAUUGGAAUCAAAUCCCUCUUUCGUUCAUUGUGCUAUCACUGAAAAGUGAAAACAAUGAAGAAGAAGAAGGUACCUGACUGGCUCAACAGCUCCCUCUGGUCUUCCCCCCAUCCUCCUCCUCCGCCUCCGCCUCCUCCCUUCUUUUCCUCUCAUCCCAACCGCCAUCCCCUCCGGCCACCGUGGAUGAUCCUCCCGAGCCACAGAGGAUCCAAGAUUCACGUCCUAAGAAUCACACUCACACUUCCACUGAUGCAACGUUCUCUUCUUCCCCUUCCGCCGAUGACAUCUCUCGCCAGGCCGAGUUGUCGGCUGAGUUAUCGAAGAAGGUGAUAGAUAUGAGGGAAUUGCGAAGGCUCGCGUGUCAAGGUCUUCCUGAUGGUGCUGGGAUACGUUCUACUGUCUGGAAGCUUUUGCUUGGAUAUCUUCCUCCAGAUCGUGGGCUUUGGUCGGCUGAAUUAGCAAAGAAGAGGUCCCAGUACAAACAUUUUAAAGAUGAUAUUCUUGUGAAUCCUUCAGAAAUCACAAGGAGGAUGUACAACUCAACAAGUUCUGAUGCUGAUGAUGCCAAAGUUGAGAGUAGAACCUUGCUCUCUAGAUCAGAAAUCACUCAUGGGGAGCAUCCAUUGAGUCUUGGAGAGACCAGUGUAUGGAAUCAGUUCUUCCAGGAUACGGAAAUCAUAGAUCAGAUUGAUCGAGAUGUAAAGCGCACUCAUCCUGACAUGCACUUUUUCUGUAGUGAGUCUCAGUUUGCAAAAUCCAAUCAGGAGGCUUUAAAGAACAUAUUAAUUAUCUUUGCAAAGUUAAACCCAGGUGUAAGAUAUGUUCAAGGGAUGAAUGAGCUAUUGGCUCCUCUCUACUAUGUGUUCAAAAAUGACCCUGAUGAGGAAAAUGCAGCCUUUGCUGAAGCGGACUCAUUCUUCUGUUUUGUUGAAUUAUUGAGUGGCUUCCGAGAUAACUUCGUUAAACAACUUGACAACAGUGUUGUCGGCAUCCGUUCCACUAUUACAAGAUUAUCCCAGCUUCUGAAAGAACAUGAUGAAGAGCUGUGGCGCCAUCUUGAGAUCACUUGUAAAGUCAAUCCCCAAUUCUAUGCAUUUAGAUGGAUUACUCUCCUGUUGACUCAAGAAUUCAAUUUUGCUGACAGCCUUCACAUUUGGGACACACUUCUAAGUGAUCCAGAGGGCCCACAGGAGACCCUGAUGCGGAUAUGCUGCGCAAUGCUAAUUCUGGUUCGCAAGCGCCUCCUGGCGGGUGAUUUCACUUCUAAUCUCAAGUUGCUGCAAAAUUAUCCCUCAACAAACAUUAGUCAUUUGCUUUAUGUUGCUAACAAGUUUCGUGUAUAAUUAUUAGUCUAAUGCUUCUCCCUCGCCUCAUUGUUUGAAUUUUGCUUUUGUCUCUUGGCUUAGGAAUGAAAUUCGAUAAAAUCUAUUGAACUGUUUUGAAAGUUCAUCAACUUGAGCUAUUGAGAAUGAUGAAACACGCCUAUAUUCCAUUAUGUACAAGUCUCUUAGAAUAAUAGAUUGUUGCUCA